GUGUACAACUUUAUAUAGACAUUAUCGAGAUUUCAGCCAAAUACGUUAUCAUAGUUGCUGUGCCCCUCGCAAAGCAGGUUCCACUUAUACAUUACCUUUGCCAUCAAAAACCCAGUUUUCGACUAUAAUGGCUUCACUAACACGCGGAAUCUUUAUUGUCGGCGCCAAACGAACUCCAUUUGGCACGUUCGGAGGAAAAUUGGCUGGAAAAACUUGCGUUGAUUUGCAAGAAACAGCGGCUAAAGCUGCCCUCUCUGCCGCCAAUGUCAAUCCCGAACUUGUUGAUUCGGUCAUCAUUGGAAACGUUCUGAGUUGCUCAUCAGUAGAUGCACCAUACAUAUCUAGACAUGUUUCACUCCGGUGUGGAAUUCCUAUUCCCACACCAGCUUUGACAGUAAACAGACUCUGUGGCUCUGGAUUCCAAUCCGUGAUUAAUGGUGCACAUGAUAUUCUGAUGGGAGAUUCUCAAAUUGUAUUGGCUGGUGGAUCAGAUUCCAUGAGUCAAGCACCUUAUGCUGUGAGAGGGAUCCGCUUUGGUACAAAGUUGGGAGUUGAUAUUAAAUUGGAAGAUAUGAUGUGGGCUGCCUUGACAGAUUUCCACUGCAAGACUCCAAUGGGAAUCACAGCUGAGAAUUUGGCAGACAAAUACAAAAUCACUCGUGAAGAUGUAGACAAGUUUGCCCUAAGGUCUCAAAUGAAUUGGAAGAGUGCGCAUGAAAAUGGAAAUUUUAAGGCUGAAUUGGCUCCAGUAGCUCUUGAAAUCAAAAAGAAACCUUUUUCUUUUGACACUGACGAACAUCCGCGAGUGCAGACAACGUUGGAGAUGUUGGCCAAGUUGCCUCCGGUCUUCAAGAAAAAUGGAACUGUCACUGCUGGCACUGCUUCAGGCAUUUGUGAUGGCGCCGGGGCCAUUAUUUUAGCAAGCGAAGAAGCUUGCAAAACUCACAACUUGAAGCCGCUAGCUCGUCUAGUUGGGUAUGGAAUUGCUGGUGUUGAACCCACUAUCAUGGGAAUCGGUCCGGCCCCUGCCAUCCGUAAAGUGUUGGCCAAAGCCAAUUUGCAGUUGAAGGAUAUCGAUACGGUUGAAAUCAACGAAGCUUUCGCUGCGCAGACUAUCGCCUGUCAACGUGAACUCGACUUGGAUCCUGAAGUUCUUAAUGUUAGCGGAGGAGCAAUCGCUCUUGGCCAUCCACUAGGAGCAUCUGGGUCGCGUAUCACCGCUCAUUUGGUUCACGAAUUGGGACGCCGCAAACUUAAAUACGCUAUUGGCUCAGCGUGUAUUGGUGGCGGCCAAGGAAUAGCAUUGCUCCUAGAGGGAAUUCACUAAUCGAAUUCUUUUUUCUGAACAAUGCGACCAUGAAUGCAAACGCAUUCAAGUAACAAUGCAAUUAAAUGUGGGUGAAAUUAUGAAAAACGAUAGCAAAUGUAUAUUCACCCAUUAUGCGGAACAAUACAAGAAUAUUACAAUUUA